UUCCGCUUGACAGAAGUAAUGCAAGUGCUGCUUCUCUUAAACAACUGGUACACCUAACACCGCCUCCGGACCGCCACACGGCCGCUCUCCUCUCGGUGCAAGGGUCUCAUCUCCGUCUCUAGCCUCGAACCACCCGGAUUUAUUCAUUCAAGAGGAAACAGGCUCAAAUCAUGAGUCAUCUCAACCCCGGACUGAUAUCAGCCUACAAUAGUCUGACAGACAAGCAUCUCGCUGGAUAUUUCAGCAACACUCGGAUAAGGAGACACCUGCAAAGAGUUGGUCUGAUCACCAGGAGCGGGCGGAUCGUCCCGGACAAAGAGUACAGGAACAGGCUGAUGCAUAGAGUGCACCAGAAGCAUGUGAGAGAAUGCCUGGCCCAGGCCAUAUUCCACAAGGUCCUGGACAUGGAGCGCGUCCAUCAAAUAGACAUCAAACGGAGGCUGGAGGAGUUUGCUCGGAGAGAAAGAGUGCAUAAGAUGAAGGUGGAGCGCUCCAAGAGGUACGAGGAGGACCUGAUCCAGAUCCUGUCCCCCCGGCCCCCGACCGGCCCCAGGGGGGUCCGCACACAGCACUCUGUGCCAGAGGGAGAGCCCUCAGAGUCCAGCGAUUCUCCGGGCUCCUCUCGUCCGCACACGGCCCCGGAGACCGUGCUGCGGCCGGCCCGCCUGCAGCCCAUCACCUGCAGCGGCACCGCCGCCUCGCUGCGGCGCCGGCCCCCCCGCAGGCACCGCGUCUCCGCCGACCACCGCCAGCAGCAGCCGCUGGACGGCACCAACCCGGACGACAGGAACCCACUGAAGCGCGGCAUCACCGCAGAGCUCUGCCAGGGCGUCUCCCCCUACUGCCUCCCGGUCAUCAACAACUUUGUGACCCCCGUGCCCCCCACCACCAAGAGGAGAGACCGGGGGACGAGGGUCACCUCCAACGGAACCGUUAGGGGGCGUCGACUACGCUCCAGCACCACCACCGACGCCAAUGAGGAGCCGCCGAUGCUGCGCGGCUCGGUGCACCAGAGCAGAGUGGGCGUGAACAUGGUGUACUGCGGCAAGACGGUGCACCUGUCCCGGGACCUGGUGGACCUGAGGGACGAGGUCAAGGUCUUCCAGCAGCACUGCGGGGGGGAGAACCUCUGUGUGUACAAGGGCCGGCUCCAAGAGGGGGAAGCGUUCCAGUUCGUGUCUCGCCGGCACCGGGGCUUCCCCUUCAGCCUCACCUUCUUCCUGAACGGCCUGCAGGUUGAGCGCAUCAGCUCCUGCUGUGAGUUCAAACACCGCAGGGGCUCGCGGCUGACCGGCCGCCGAAAGCACUUCGGCUUCACCGGAGUGGAGGGAGCGUCUCCCUGUUACAAGUGUAUCAUAGCGAUGGGCUUGGACAAGAAGCCCACCCCUCCUCCGAAGAGGGUGACGGACGGUACGGAGACAGAGACGACCAGCAGUCCCAGUGACGCCCACAAGGAGACCGCCGAGGAGAAGGAGAGGGAGGAGGUGGAGGAGGACGAGGAGGAGAGGACUGCCUCCACGGCGGACCCACGGACACCUCAGCCUCAAGACAUGGAGACGGACAUCAAGGAAGAGAUCAUACAUGAGGACAAGCCCAGAGACGAUUAUGAGGAGGAUUUCGAAGCAGAUGACGAGGCAGACGAGAACUCCAAGGCGAAACAGAGCAAAGCUCCGUCUCACUCCAGUGACAAAGAACAGCAGAGGAAGGACAAGUAUGCCUCAGACAGUGAAGACGAUGAUGGAGAUGAGGGCAGUCGGUCCCGCUCAGCCUCCAGGUCCUCCAGCAGUGAGCGACCGAGCGAGGACGAAGACCCCAAAGGGGACCACCGGCACGCAGCCGAGUCUGAAGACCCCCGAGGAGACGCUGACCCUCCGGAGCCCCGCCGAGAGGAACCCCCCGCCGAACCCGCGGCCGGAGACCCCCCGACCGAAGCGGAUACCCCCGACACCGAGAUCCCUGCACCAUCAUCGUCCCCGCCAUCACCACCAUCACCCCCACCCGAUCCACCGGCAGCCCCCGCUGCGGCCGAGGAAGCGGAGGACCACGGCGGUAACGGGAGGGACACGGGGGAGACGGCGCCGGAGGAGUCAGAGACCAGCGUCCCCCCCGGGAGCGAGGGUAAGGGACACGAGGACACCCCCACCCCCGCUUCGGCGGCAGACGACGGGGAAGGGGAAGGGGUGCCCGCGGAGCCGGAGAGAGGUGAGCAUGCUGUGCAGAACGUCGUUGGAAUGAUUGUGUUGCACAUGCAGUGUUCUUAUCUCUCCCGGGUAACUCCAGCCAAGUCUGUCCAGGAGAAGCUAGCAGAGGCCAUUUUAACGGAGGGCCAGUGCCACUCUGAACCAGAACUCAGUGACACCACCACAGAAGAAGACGAGGAGUUUACUGGUAGAGACAACCAGCAAAACAAUAAAGACGCUACUCCUAUUCAUUGCGAGACCUCAGAGACGCAAGAACCGACCCAGCCAGAGGAGAACAAAUGUGAGGCCAGCCUCGUCGACGCCGCAGAAGUUGAAGAGGAGACAGUCGAGCAGCAGGACGACCAGGAAGAACUCAAAGCAAAGCAAACCAACGAAGAAGCCGGCGAGGAGAAAGACGAAGAACUGCAAGCAGAAGAAGAGACGCCUGCAUUGGAAGCAGAUCCCGUAGAGGAAACGAUAGAGACAGAGAAGGAGGACUCAGAGGAGAAGGACGACAUGGAGGCAUCUCCACCCCAGGAGCCUGAGGAGACGGUGGAGGAGGAGAACCAGGAAGCGACGCCUCAAGCGGAUGAACCGGCGAAACCCGGGGACAAGGCUGCGGAGGAGGAGGUGGUGGAAGUGGAGGAGGAGGUGAAGGAGGUGGAGGAUGCGGUGGAGGAGUCGAAGGAGGAGGUGGAGGAUGCGGUGGAGGAGUCGAAGGAGUAUGUGGAGGAGGUGAAGGAGGUGGUGGAGGAUGUUAAGGAGGAGGUGGAGGAGGUUAAAAAGGAAGAAGGCAUGGAGGCCGACAGUCAACCAGAGGCCAAAAACAAUGAAGCCAAUGAGGACUUGGCCGCAUUAGAACCCGAGGAAAAGAAAGAUGUUGAAACCGCUCUGCAACAAGACGCGGAGGAGCCGUCAGCUGCAGCUACAAGUGAAACGGUGGACGAGAACCCCCAGCUCUCAGACGAGGAGCCGUCGACUGCGGCUACAAGUCAAACGGUGGACGAGAACCCCCAGCCCUCGGAGGAGCCGGCUACAAGUCAAACGGCGGACACCAACACCCCGCCAUCGGAGGAGCCGGCUACAAGUCAAACGGCGGACAACAACACCCAGCUCUCAGAGGAAGAGUCGGCUACAAGUCAAGCGGUGGACACCAACACCCAGCCCUCGGAGGAGCCGUUGACUGCGGCUACAAGUGAAACAGUGGACACCAACACCCAGCCCUCGACUGUGGCUACAAGUCAAACGGCGGGCACCAACACCCAGCCCUUGGAUGAGCUGUUGACUGUGGCUACAAGUGAAACAGUGGACACCAACACCCAGCCCUCGACUGUGGCUACAAGUCAAACGGCGGACACCAACACCCCGCCCUCGGACGAUCCGGCUGACAUCGGCGGUGGAGAGACAGCUGUGACUGGCAGGGGAAAACUGGGGGCAGGUGAGGCCACUGUGAAGACGGCAGGGACCCGAGUCCCGGCAGAGAGUUCAAGUAGCUCAUCAGAGCUGAGUGGAGCCGCCGCGGUGCUUCAAGCCGAACAGACAGCAGCAGCAGUGGAAACAAGUGGGACUAAAAUAGACCAUGACGAGCCUGUGGAGGAUUUACAUGAAGAGAGCGCUUCACAUGAGGAGAUGGAGAGCUUAAGAGGCAGAAUGACACAUGAUACAGGAGGGGAGGGCGGAAGUCUGACGUCUGUACCGCAGAACAAUGUUGAAAAGGACGAUGUAGAAAAGCAGGAGGAAGGCAAGGAUAAUAAUGUAGAAAAGAGUGAGGCAGGGCAGGUUGAAGAGGGGAGUGAUUUGGAGGCCAAAGAACAUACCGGAAACGACAGGGAGGAGGAGGAAGAAUGUAAAACAGUGGAGGAAUCAAUUCAGAAAGUUGAAGCCAUGGAAGCAACAGAAAGGACCAAAGAUGGCAUAAAGGCUGAAGCAAAGGAAACAUUAGAAGUAACAUAUGACAAAGCUAGUGAAGUUGCAGAUGAAGAGAAUGUGCAAAGAGAGGAAAAGCCAGAGAAAGACAUUGAGGAAACAGGAGAUGAAAACAGUUCAAAUAAAGUUGAUGUAGAGGGAUCCGAAAUACAGGUGGCUGAAAUAGAAAACAGUGUAGAUACCAAAGAAAGUUCUCAGUCUACUGUAGACCAAGCUGUAAAACAGGCAGAACAAGUAGAAGAGAAUGACCCCCAGAAACAAGCCUCUGAGACUGCUGUUAAACUGUCCGAAACAACUGUGGAUCAAGAACCAGUGACAGAGGCUGAAAAGACAUCAGAUGAAAGCAAUGUUGAAACAGAAAAUGUUGGGGACGCUCUCGAAGCAGACAAGGCCAUAGGGAUUCAACCCGAGGACGAAGCUAAAGAACUCAAAGGCAACAUGCCCGGGUCCGAUGGUGAUAAUGACGAUAAAGACGUUGCAGAAAAUUCAGGAGCAGCAGGACAGGGGACAUCUGCUGAAACAAAGGAGAACAUUGAAGACCAGGGCAAUCAAGCCAAACGCGUUGUGGUAGGAGAGAAGAUAGAUCCUAAGCAUUCAGAAGAACCAAAUGAAGAGAAGAAGAAGGAGGAGGAUCGCAUUAAUGACCAUGAGGAAAAAGACAAUCAAAGUUUACCGGAAAAUGUUGAUCAGGGACCUAGAGUUGAUCAAGUUCCAAAAGUGGAGGAAGAACAGCUGCAGGGUGGUUCUAAAGUCAUAGAAUCUGCUGAAUCCAAGGAAGCCAAGGAGCCUCCUGACAAAAAAGACACAGGUAUUGACGAUGAAAGCCCAGAUGAAAAUCAGGGCAAAGGUUCAGAAAUGAACACAAAAAAGGAUGACCAGAAUCACGGCGUAAAAGUUGAUUCCCUUGACGGACCUACAGUAGUGGAUACAGCAGACAACGUAGACGAUGAAAAGGUAGAAUCCAUCAUAGAGUCUAUUCUGAAUACCGACGACAACCACACAGACACCGAUCAUAACUCUGUUGUCGCUGUUGAGCCCAGUGCUGUGAGUGGAGAACACAGUGCAGACACAGAAGAAGGAAGCAAACCUUCGGAGGAAGCCGAAAGUGUGGUGUUCAAACCAGAAGCAGACCCAGCCCAGCCUGCUGUCCGUCAGGCAGCACAGAGCAGAGAGUGGGGCAAGGACGAUCCUGGCCUUCUAGAGGUCAAUGAAACUAAUGAGAAAGAAUCUGUGACUGCAGAUGUCUUGGAGAGUAAAGACAACAGGGACAAUCUUGUCACAGACUGGGUGACGUUACAUCAAACUUCAAAGUACUUUGAGACAUUUGUUGAAUCUCUAGAUGACAUGAAAGAGUUGCCAUCGAAUGCCAGUGCCGGUGCGUCUGACUAUGGGCUAUUGCAAUCUGCAAGCCCGCCUCAAAACAUGACCAGGUCUGAGAAGAAUGAGGAAAAUAUUGAGAAGCACGAAAAGGAGAGAGAACCCUUGUUAAAAAAUAGCAAUAACUCUCCCGACAAUACCAAAGUUGAACUUGCACGGUCGGACCUGAGAAGCAAUCCUUCCGAAGGCCUGGUGGAGAGAGAACCUGCUGAAGUUGAACAGAAGUUGAAGGAGCUAACUGAAGUGAAAACCGUAGUACCCACUUCAGAGGCAGACCAGAGUACCGAAGGGUCAAACCGGACAGACAUCAAGGGAGAGAACACUUUAGGGAAGCACAAAAACGACACUGGCUCAUCGGGAGGAGACAGAGAUAAAGAUGCCUCUACCAAGGGGAACAUUGCACACUGUGACAGUUCCAAAAUGGAGACGGAAGACAUUGGAGAAAACAAUAACGUAGAGUCUGUCCAACCUGAGAGCACCACCGAGCCUGACUCUGAGCUCCCAACAGAGAAGGAAGAAGUGAAAGAUGAACCUGAGGUAGAGGAAAACCAAACAACGGUAGAGGAGAUAAAAGAUGUACCUCAGCCUGACGACACUGAAGAUGAGGCCCUUCAGGCUCCAGGAGGGCUGUCGGAACCGAAAGCCUCCCAGCCAGAGGCACAACUUGACGACACCAAAGAAACAAUGGAAAGCAAAGAGGCAGACAACACGGAAGUCACAUCCGUAACCGAUCUUAUAGCUGUAACCAAUCUCACAUCUUCCUCGACGUCCGAUAACGGUGUCGACGAGGGCGGUCAAAAUAAACCUCAGGUCCAGUCAAAACCGUUGGAUAGGAGCGGUAGUUUGAGCAGCGAGAACAAAGAGGUUCAGUUGAUUGAGGAUUUCAAACCCACUGUAAGUAAGGACCAGCUGAGCGCCUAUAGAGUGGAAGAGACCUCCCUGUUUGGUCGCAGUUCAUAUCCCCAGUUUACAACACAGACAGGAAGUGGCUAUUGACACCGCACUCGACACAGCAUGUAUAGCACUUUUAAAAAUUAGAUUUAAAGAUAUUCAUUCUUUUGCACAGCGUUUAAGGCAAUCUGAUGGUAAUGAGGAAACUACCAAAACAAUCCUAAGGACCCCAAUAUAGCAGAUAUUUUUGUACUGACAUUUAUUUGGUUGAAUGACCAAGAAUAUAAUAUUUAUUAAGGACUAAGGAAGCCCUGAAAGGACACUUGUUAUGUUUGUUUAUAAUUAAAACUCAAACGGUUUUAAUCCAUCAGUAGGCGACAAAAGAAGCUUGAUAAUGAGGUGUGAUUGUUGAACAGCUCAUCUCUUCUCUUAUUGUCCUGAACAAACAAUAUGGCAAAGCUUGUGAGUGGUAUCCGAUAGUCCCCCCCCACCCCUCACACACACACACACACACACACACACACACACACACACACACACACACACACACACACACACACACACACACACACACACACACACACACACACACACACACACACACACACACACACACACACGCUAUCCCCUGUAAAGAGAUACUUGUCCUACUCAGGCCCCACAAAUCAUUGAAUAAUUUAUCAUUGUUACGACUCCCGGAGUUUGCUUUGGACCGAACACACUUUCAACAUCUCCGUUGGCUGCUAGAAGCACUAUUUCACAGUGUGUCUGGCUGUAUCGUAUUGCAUCUCUUAUGCACAAAGUUUAGCCACAAAGCCUUUGCGUUGAGUCAAUUGAUAUUUAAAUCAAUUCUUUGGUUAACUAUAAUGAUAUCCUGAUAAGAUAUGUAAUUCAUCCAAGAAAUAGAGCUAGUUGGGAGAGUCACUAACAUUGCAAAUUAAAAAGGCACACUAGUAUUACACAUGCAUAAUUACUGUAGCUAUGUAACAUAUGACAUGUUUUACAUUAGGCACUGAUUUGUGUCGUAACUGCCGCUUAAACUACCUCUUUCUCUGUUUGUUUCCAGUUAUAUCAAUGAUUUUCUAUUGGUGUGAUUAUUGUGAACAAUGUAAGUCAAAAAUGUAAUCUCUGGCAGAGUCAAUUGCAAAUGCUUGUGUGA